UAUCCGAUCACUACCCCGUCUCAACUAGAAAUCAGGAUAAACUUUCCACAUAAAAUCAACUUCGCAAGCUUGACCUCUUCUGUGAGACAAACGCGACGUGUCUUCGCUCUUGUCGUCUGGCACGCAUGAGGUGCAGUAGAAAUAUUCAAGCGCCUCACAAGCAAUUGUCCGAGACGUUUUGAGCUCUAUUGUUCGUCUUUGAGUAGAAGUGGAUCAGCCUGGCAUUCACUCACGGCCAGCAGUCCGAUGCGCUUCUAGGUUCGAUGAAAUAUAGCUUUGUACCUAACAGAUCCACCCUCGCAAGCGAUUCGCUUAUCAUCCUGCAGUCUGUUGCUUGAUAUCAAGCGACUUAUAUUACCCACAAUGAUGCUUCCGUUCAUCCAUCGACUUCGAGGGAUUCGAAGACCACCGAACCCCUUAGGUAACGACAACGAGACCGGCGCUUCAUCGGAGGAAGAGGCCAAGACAUUGGAUAAGGAUGCAUACUACCCUAGCUGCUACGACGUGUUGAAGGUCCGAUACCUGCUGCAGCAUAUCUGGAAAUGGAAGAGAGACUCGGAGGAGCUGUUCCCUUGUGAGCUUGUGGACAUGAUCGUGGAUGCGGCCGAAUACUGGGCAACCAGCGAGUCUAGCCUGGAAGGAGAGACGAUUAUCCGAAAGGAUCAGGACCAGGUGCUGUUAACAACCGUGCCACUGUGCUAUGCUAUGGAGACAUUAAGUUCCGACUCUCCCCGGGUGCUUCCCCAUCGAACCGCUCACCCUUGCCGCAAGAUCAUGUUUACCAUCUCAGCCCAUGACCAGGGAUGGGGUGGCGGUGCCCGCAAUAAAGGUCCAUACGACGGGUCUUUCACAUGGUUCGACACCCAGAUUAUCCACUCGGCCCAGAAGCCGCCUCCACCAAAUGAAGCGCCGAGUCAGGAGCAGCAGCGGGUACACUUCGAAUCGGGCGAUCCUCUUCUACUCCCGAGCCCUCAUAAGCUACAGUCAAACCGAACGGCGGACAAGAAUACCCAGCUACAUCGUAUCACUUGGCAUUAUCUGGAUAACAUCCCCAGCGACUCCAGUGAAGCAGAAGACAUCGAAACCAGCCAGGGUCGUGGGCGUGCAACCUUAGACGGUAGUCAAGUUCGUGCUUUAGAAGUGGGUGAUGCCAUCCAGAUCUGGGGGAGAGCUCGAUUUGGGGGAUGGAUCAAUCAUGUUGAGCGGGUGAUGGUGCGAGUAUUCUGGGCUGUGUGAUUAGGCCGGAACGAGCGUUUCUUUCCAGUUAAGGUGGCUUGAUAAGGGCCAGUCUCGGACGGUAAAUGAUAGUCAUGAACUGGCACGGCAAGAUCAGCAUGGAUCAAUCGCAUAGUUAAGUAGCCAGCAAAUAAUCAUCGUGUAUAAAUUUUAG